CGACGCCAUGUGUGACGACGAGGAGGUCACCGCUUUGGUGUGUGACAACGGCUCCGGAUUGGUGAAGGCUGGAUUUGCCGGGGAUGAUGCCCCCCGUGCCGUCUUCCCCUCCAUCGUCGGCCGCCCAAGGCACCAGGGCGUCAUGGUGGGCAUGGGUCAGAAGGACUCCUACGUGGGAGACGAAGCUCAGAGCAAGAGAGGCAUCCUGACCCUGAAGUACCCCAUCGAGCACGGGAUCAUCACCAACUGGGACGACAUGGAGAAGAUCUGGCACCACACUUUCUACAAUGAACUGCGUGUGGCCCCUGAGGAACACCCUACCUUGCUGACCGAGGCUCCCCUCAACCCCAAAGCCAACCGGGAAAAGAUGACCCAGAUCAUGUUUGAGACCUUCAACGUGCCCGCUAUGUAUGUGGCAAUCCAAGCUGUGCUGUCCCUCUACGCCUCUGGUCGUACCACUGGCAUUGUGUUGGAUUCUGGGGACGGUGUGACUCACAACGUACCCAUCUAUGAAGGUUACGCCUUGCCUCACGCCAUCCAGCGUUUGGACCUUGCCGGCCGUGACCUGACGGACUACCUGAUGAAGAUCCUGACUGAACGUGGCUACUCCUUUGUCACCACUGCCGAGCGGGAGAUUGUGCGUGACAUUAAGGAGAAGCUGGGCUACGUGGCUCUGGAUUUCGAGAACGAGAUGGCCACAGCUGCAUCCUCCUCUUCUCUGGAGAAGAGCUAUGAGCUACCCGAUGGUCAAGUCAUCACCAUUGGCAACGAGCGUUUCCGUUGCCCAGAGACUCUCUUCCAGCCUUCUUUCAUUGGCAUGGAAUCUGCUGGUAUCCAUGAGACCACCUACAACUCCAUCAUGAAAUGCGACAUCGACAUCCGCAAGGACUUGUAUGCCAACAAUGUCCUCUCUGGGGGCACCACCAUGUACCCCGGCAUUGCUGAUCGGAUGCAAAAGGAAAUCACAGCCUUGGCCCCCAGUACCAUGAAGAUCAAGAUCAUUGCUCCUCCUGAGCGGAAAUACUCUGUGUGGAUCGGCGGCUCCAUCUUGGCUUCUCUGUCCACCUUCCAGCAAAUGUGGAUCAGCAAGCAAGAAUACGACGAAGCAGGACCUUCCAUUGUCCACAGGAAGUGCUUCUAAA